GUUUACUACAACUUGAGAUCCAUGCCGUCCCGCGCGUUUAAAUGACGUCAUCAUGCGGUUCAAAUCCAGAUACUUCCUGUGUGAGCUGGUCCUCGAGGAUCCUCGCUUGAAACAGAAUAUCUCGCAGGGCACAGUGUUUUACAACGUGAGAGAGGCGGUGGCCAGGCUACACGGGGACUUCGGGGCUGCAGCCUUCUCUAUUGGCCUGUCAGUGAAAUAUUUGAAUGCUUACACUGGCAUCAUCUUGCUUCGAUGUCGUAAGGAGUCUCACCAGCUUCUGUGGUCAUCCCUUCCUUUUAUCACCAGCCUGGAGAACAGAGGGCAGCGCUAUGCGUGCUUCAUCAACACACUACAUAUUGGAGGUACAAUACGUACUUGUCAAAAAUUCCUCAUCCAGUACAACAGGAAACAACUAAGGCUGUUGCUGAAGAACUGCAAGAAUCCUGAGGAGAAGGAUGCCAUCCAGAAGUCUAUAGCGAGCUGUUCCUUAAAAAAUGUGGAAGAACCGGAAUUCAUGGCUAAUGAAGAGAUUGAUUAGGUGCUUUUUGAGUUGCCCUUUUCUGUACCCAUAACUUAUUUGUAGUUUAUUUUCUGCAUUUCUCUACUUUUGAAGAGUAGGCAAUGUUGCAAUCCUGUUAAUCUAGAAGGUUCCAUUGUAUUGCUUCAAGUAUUGGCAGGAGAAAUAAAGUGGAAAGAUGGCCAGUUUU